AUGGCAGCCUCUGUAAAAUAUCUCACCGGUGACGGUGCUGCUAUCAAAGACUUCCUCGACAAGUUUGAUGUGCGUUAUUUUGGCGCACUUAAUCGCUCUCUGCAUCCUCCGGGGGCCCUUGCUGACUUUGACGAUCUAGGUGUCUUGUGGUCCGGCGAUCAUGUAUUUGAAGGAGUCCCGGAGACGCUCCUACUCCUGCGCUCAAAAGGAAAGAGAAUCGUGUUCGUGACGAAUAAUUCCACAAAGUCGCGACAAGACUACGUCAAGAAGCUGACGGCCAUGGGCAUCGAGGCCGGCGCCGACGACGUCUUUGGCUCGUCCUACUCGGCGGCCGUCUACAUUGCGCGCAUCCUCAAGCUGCCGCCCGGCAAGGACAAGGUCUACGUCAUUGGCGAGGCCGGCGUCGAGGUGGAACUCGGCGCCGAGGGCGUUCCGUUUAUCGGCGCGACCGACCCCGCCUUCCGGCGCGACAUUACGCCCGCCGACUUUGCCGGCCUCGCCGACGGCUCGCUGCUGGACCCGACCGUCGGUGCCGUGCUCUGCGGCCUCGACUUCCACAUCAACUACCUGAAGCUCGCGCACGGCCUGCACUACCUGCGCCGCGGCGCCCACUUUCUCGCCACCAACACGGACUCGACGCUGCCCAUGCACCACGACCUCUUCCUCGGCGCGGGAUCGUGCAGCGUGCCGCUCGCCAACGCCGUCGGCGCGCCGCCGCUCUCGCUCGGCAAGCCCAGCCAGGCCAUGAUGGACGCCGUCGAGGGCAAGUUCCAGCUUGACCGCGCCCGCACGUGCAUGGUCGGCGACAGGCUCAACACGGACAUCAAGUUUGGCAUUGAGGGCAAGCUGGGCGGCACGCUCCACGUGCUGACGGGUGUCAACUCCAAGGCUGAUUGGGAGGCCGAGGACGCCAUUGCCGUGCCUGCGUUUUACGCUGAUAAGCUGAGCGAUUUGCGAGAAGGCGCAUAG